UCAACAACACCGAUACACCUCCCUAGCACAUAAAUACUCGCAGAAGGAACACCAGAAAGAAGAAGAAGAAGGCAACAUGGGCGAUGUGGACAAGUGGAUAGAGACCGUGAGGGAGUGCAAGUACCUGCCGGAGAACGAGCUGAAGAAGCUCUGCGAGAUGGUGUGCGACAUCCUGCUGGAGGAGACCAACAUCCUCCCCGUGAGCACGCCCGUCACCGUCUGCGGGGACAUCCAUGGCCAGUUCUACGACCUGGAGCAGCUGUUCCGCACGGGCGGCCAGGUGCCCGACACCAACUACAUAUUCAUGGGCGACUUCGUCGACCGGGGCUACUACUCGCUGGAGACCUUCACCCGCCUGCUGACCCUGAAGGCGCGCUACCCCAGCCGGAUCACGCUGCUGCGCGGCAACCACGAGACGCGGCAGAUCACCAAGGUCUACGGCUUCUUCGACGAGUGCUUCAGCAAGUACGGCAAUGCCAACGGCUGGAAGUACUGCUGCAAGGUCUUCGACCUGCUCACCAUCGCCGCUAUCAUCGACGAGGAGGUGCUGUGCGUGCACGGCGGCCUGAGCCCCGAGAUCAUCACCCUGGACCAGAUCCGGACCAUCGAGCGCAACGGCGAGAUCCCGUACAAGGGCGCCUUCUGCGACCUGGUGUGGUCCGACCCCGAGGACAUGGAGUACUGGGGCCAGAGCCCGCGCGGCGCCGGCUGGCUGUUCGGCCACAACGUAACCAAGGACUUCAUGGCCAUUAACAACCUGGACCUGAUCUGCCGCGCGCACCAGCUGGUCAACGAGGGCAUCAAGUACAUGUUCGAGGGCAAGCUGGUGACCGUGUGGUCGGCGCCGAACUACUGCUACCGCUGCGGCAACGUGGCGGCCAUCCUCAGCUUCGAGACGGCCCAGCAGCGGCAGACGAAGAUCUUCCUGGCCGUGCCGGACGCGGAGCGCGUGAUACCCAAGCAGAACACCACGCCCUACUUCCUCUAGGGCCGACCAGUGCCCGCCCAGCGUGUGAUACGACAUACCAUACUUAUAGAUACAUAUGCCCAUGCACCACAUACCGAUCCAACACGAUCCGCCCACUGACUCGGCAGCGUGGCAGACAACCAGUACAUCCGCGCUCGUGGACCUGCGGUGAGCCCUCGACUUCGCCCUCGACUGACCGGUCCAUUUGUCCCCCCACGCGCCUCCCACACACGCACACACCAACUCUCAAGGAACUCGGAGCUCGGAGCCCGGGGCCCGGAACACCUCCCCCAGAAACCCGGAACACACGCCUGCACACACCUAUUUAGUAAGAUCAAAGUUGAACCUUUUGUUGUUUGUUUUUCGGCAAGUCAGAGUGCAAGACCAGAAAGAAUGCGCAGAUUCGAUUUGCUAGCAAGAUCUGCAAGCACGUAUUCGCUGGCAGACGGAUGCCGCAGCAGCUGCCGCAUUUACGGUUCGCCCAUUUUGUAUUCCAAGCUUAUUUAUUUAUGCGAGCAACACGAACCACAUAUUUUGUACAUUUUGUAUUAGUGUGCUCUGAGGAGGCAAGUGGCCAAGCCUAGGAGUAACCGCACGUGUGAUCCCGAUCAAAGCGAUACGAUUAAACGAAAAGACAAUUUGAAA